UCCAUGGAAACCGGUGGAUAAGUGGCGUUAGGCCUUAGUAUAUUUAUGGUAAAUCUUAUUAUAUUUUUGCUACUGAUUUUGUGUAGGUAAAGGCAUGUCGAUAGUAGAAAUCGUACACCACAACGAAAACAUUUACACCAUUCUCGACAAACCGCCACCGGAACCACCGAAGACACCCAGGUACCACUCUGAGCUGGAGAAACAGCUGAAGGCCCGAAAGAUACCUCAACUGCGUCGGACAUUUGGGUACGCGGAGACGCCUGUCAACCCUCCUGACCAGUUCCUUAAAAAGGGGGAAGGAUAUAGUCUACCCGUAAAGAAGUCAGACCACAAAUGCGUCAAGGGCGACUUACCCGCCGUGCCGAGGCGACCCCCGCCAGGAAAGGGUCCAGAAAAACCUAAGGUCAACUUUAAAGUGGUCAACAUUAAAAAAGUCAUCAAGGUUAAGGGUAAACCAGUUGAGCCGAGACUAGUAGACACCCGCGACGGCCACAUUAAGAAGAUCAAGGGCUCAGGUGAGGUCCCGGAAUACUGCCUCCGGCCGGACUUCGGGCGUAUGCCGGCUUACCUCGUCCGACGGAACAGGAGAAUCAGAAAGGAGCUGGAAGCCAUACAGUACGCUGACGAUCAUCAGGAGAGUCUGUGCAAGCAACUUGCUGAUGAGGAGAGGGAGAAAUUGCUUAAGGACCUGAAAACCAAAUGGCAGCUGAAGCAGAAGGCGUUCCUCCAGCUCCCGAUGCUCACGGACACGGUGCCGAAGAUCAUGAAGAAGGUGAAGAUGGAGCAGGAGCUGCAACAGCUCGAGAAGGAUAUACAGCUCGUCGAGUCGAACCCGUAUAUUUACAUUUAUUGAG